AAGAAUAACUCAGUCAGAAACUAUCUUUUGCGAAUUCAGAAGCAGGUACAUAUGAAUGUCUAAUAAAUAAUACGCACACGAAAACAGAACAAGAAAAAAUAUGAAAUUGCUGCUGUCAACUUGGGGAUGAGCCAUCAGUUGUAGUAAAUCAGUGCUCAAAGAAAAUUUUGGCACGAAUAGAUUGACAAUUUUGAUAAGAAAAAGAGAUCAUGGAAAGCACGAAUUAUAGUUUAGGUCUCGUAAGCUCUAUCCUCAACAUCAUUAUCCACAAGGACAUGACAAAGAGAGAGAAGAAGGUUAGGAAAUAGAAUAAGGUUAAAAUGUGCUUUAGGUGAGUAGGAACACGACACGAUCGUAUGUGUCAGCAUAAGAAUAUGUGACCUUUACACUUUAGCUGAAACAGGAAUUGUGACAAGAGAUUUUCUACUCACUCCUUUCAUGUUCUUUCUGAGAAAAAACAGGGGAAGGUUCCUCUUGAUUUUAAACACCAAAGCUAGUAAUAAAUUACUGAGUUUGCUUCCACUACUAAAUUGGGAUCUUCUACUUCAGAGCAAUAGAUAGAGAGAGACAGAAUAUGUUGGAAGGAAAAGCUGUUAUUGAAGAUACAGAUAUGCCAUUGAAGAUGCAGAUCCAAGCCAUGCGUUGGGCUUCUCAAGCUCUGGAUCUUUAUGAUGUUUUGGACUGCAAAUCUAUUGCUGCUCACAUAAAGAAGGAAUUUGACAAGAAAUAUGGGGGAGGAUGGCAGUGCGUGGUGGGGUCAAAAUUCGGCUGUUUCUUCACUCAUGCUAAAGGAACAUUUAUCUAUUUCACAUUGGAGACGCUAAACUUCCUCAUCUUCAAAGGAGCCACUUCUCCUUGAUGUUGGGUUUUCAAGAAAGGUGGAAGAUUGAGAUGAAAAUGGGACCUGUAAUUAUUCUUAGCUAGGUCAUUCUCAAUCUCUGUCCAAGAUCCCUCCCCCUUUUUCGACUUCUAUUUGUUUUUCACUUUCCACGAGCAAAUAUCUAGAGAGAAAUGAAAACUAAAAAGGAUAGAUGAUAAUGUAAAUAUUGGCAGUUGCCAUCUGCAUGGAUCUUUCACCUUUUUCUUCUAGCUGCUAAGAUUAAGUUCCUCGUAUAUCCAUGAUUAAAUUAGUAAAGUGUGGUGUUCUCCUCAAUAUUUGGCCUCUAUCUGGCAUAGGAGCAGUUCACAAAAGCAAGGAUAUAUAGCAGAUAGUUGAUUGAAUACUCAAAAGAUGAGAAGUUGUUCAAACUAAAGUGGUCCUUACAUUGAGCUGAACAUUGCCUGAGAUUCAACCACUGUAUCUUGGCUGUCAAACUUGAAUAGUUGGUGUGCUUGACUGCAUACUCGUACUAUAAACAUUCACAAGAGAGCUGAAGUGAACCAUCCUCGGGGCCAAUCAGUCAUAAUCCAAGUUCAUUAACACGUUCGGGGGCUUAUGAAGUGACGAGAAGUGUAUGCUUCAUUGAGAGGGGAUCCAGACAUUCUUUCUGAGAAUCUGAAAACAGACAUGUACUAGACCUUAAAAUUUGACAUUAGUUUGAACCUAUUGAUAUAUUACAUCUCGAUUUAGAUGUUAGCUCAGUAGUGCUCAAUUUCUGUAUUGUUGAGCGAACUUGCCUUAUAAUCUGCAAUGCAACUACAUAUUACCUUCCGUUAAUUGCUCAAACACAGAAUCUAUAAGCAGAGGCAGUAACGAUGUAAAUAAUUUUGUUCAGUUUUUUACUUUGUUAGCUCGCUAUGAAGUUUAUAGAAGAUCCGUUGUUUUCA